UUGCAACAUUUUCAGGCAUAUAACCUUGAAGGGUCCAUAUACAAAUGGGCAUUGGAAAAGGGCAUGAUGGUGGAUGCAUAUGGUAAAGAAACAAACUCUGUGUUUUGAUAGUGAGUGAACACAAGUUUUCAAUAACAUGUGCUUGGAAUAUGCCCUGCCCUGAGCUUGUUUUCAUCUAUGUGACAUUGUGUGUUGUCCUACCAGUACUCUCUUCAGUUCAAGAUACACAGAGGGUCUAUGGUGAACUUGGUGCUGGAAAUUUUACAUACUAUUCUUUGAAUGUCCCUGGCACUUACCGACUCGUCCUUCAAUCCAUUGAAGGUGAUGCAGAUCUCUACAUAUCUCAGUAUAUCUCCAAGCCAACAUUUAUGCCUGAGGAAUACUGUUUGUCAGCUGCAUCAUAUGGUGUAGAUGAAGUUGAAAUCCCAAGCUGGUUUCAGAGACCUAUUGGAAUUGCAGUUUAUGGACAUCCAUUUCAUGAAUCCACAAUAUAUGCCUUGGACAUAGUCUUCCUUCGUGCAAAGGAUUUUGAUUUUUUUGAGGAAGUUGAAGAUCCUCAGCCCACUGAAAGAGAGACUGAACCAAAAGCUGAAGAGGGAGAUGAUAUGAACUUCAUUUGGACUCUCCUGCUAAAUAUGGGAGAAGACACUGAUUUAGUGCAUCAUACCCCUCCAGCAAUGCUGGAGUAUGAGAACCAAAUAUUCCUUGAUAUUCUAAAUGAAGAUGCCAUGGUCAUCGCUGCAAAGGGCCUUGGGAUUGAAAAGGUAUUUUUGAAUCUUCUGCGUCUUCACUGUGAUUCUUCCCAUCUGGUCCUUGUGCUUGGAACCACUCCUGCAGAUGAAGAAUAUUUCAUUUCUGAAUUGGACUUCCUCGGAGUGAAACCUCUUCCCAAAGUGAUUACUGCUGAGGUCUCUACAAAUGAUAGGAAUUUGGUGUACAUGCAAGGUGGAGUGCUGUUCGUCACAUCUCGAAUUCUAGUAGUCGACAUGCUUACAGAAAGGGUUCCUAUUGAACUAGUGACUGGUAUCCUUGUCUACCGUGCUCACAGGAUAAUGGAGGCUUGUCAAGAAGCCUUCAUUCUACGUCUAUAUAAGCAAAAAAACAAAAUAGGAUUUGUGAAAGCAUUCUCUGCUAGUCCAGUGUCUUUCACAACUGGGUUUUGUCAUGUGGCACGGGUCAUGCGGAAUUUGUUUGUUGGAAAGCUUCUCCUGUGGCCACGGUUCCAUGCAACUGUCAAGGCCAGUCUGGAGAAGCACCAGCCAGAGGUCAUUGAGGUCCAGCUCCAUAUGACUGAGUCAAUGCUGGCAAUCCAGUCUGCUGUACUUGAUCUCAUCAGUGAAACCAUCAAAGAAUUUAAAAGGUGCAAUCCAUCUUUGGAUCUGGAAGCUGUAAAUGUGGAAUGUUCCUUGGUCCAGUCAUUUUCAAAACUGCUGCAAAGAGAGCUAGAUCCUGUCUGGCAUCAGCUUAGUGGGAAGACAAAGCAACUCAUAGCUGAUCUUAAUACUCUCCGUAAUAUACUCCUAUGCCUCACACAGGCAGAUUGUGUGACAUUUUAUAGCCUAGUCAGCUCCUUGAGAACAACAGAGCAAGCUCUGCGCUCAUCAGGCUGGAUGCUGCUUGAUGCUGCUGAAACUCUCUUCCUUGAAGCUACACAGCGUAUCAAGCCAUCAGGCACUGAGGGUGAAGGGCCAAAGUUUGAAGUAUCCAGAAAGUGGAAUUCCUUGACUGAAGUUCUUGAUGACAUUGCCAAGUCUGUGGAUGAUGAAUCCUCACCCCCUGUUGUACUCAUAGUGGCUGAUAAUGAACGUACCUGUCUUCAGUUAGAAGAAUACCUGAACUUUGGAGCUGAAGCUGUCCUGCAUCGACUGUAUGAUACAAAGAUCCUCAUGAAAGACAAUGGUAAAGCAGGAUCAUCAAAAGGAGCUAUCACAUCUCCAAUAAAGAGGAAGGCCAGUGAAGUCCUUCGACCCAGGAGAAAGAGGAAGUCUCUUCUGAAAGAAGAUGAGGAGACAGGAGAGAGCAAUCGAGAUAAAAAUGAAUUAACCCUUACCCAAAUGACCAAGAGCAAAGAAGCAAACAACCAAGCUGGCAAGGAGGAAAAGGAAGAGGAGACAAGAGCUAAUUCCCCUUCAAAAGUGAAGGGUCGUGUGACACCACUAGUUCAUGCAUAUCACAACCCCCAUAAUCCAUAUCUUCUGCAGAGAACAUUGUAUGAACUGAAACCUUUAUUUGUGAUCAUGUAUGAUGUGGAGAUGACAUUCAUCCGGCAGCUAGAGGUGUUUAAAGCAAGACAUCCAGAACGUCCUCUCAGAGUGUAUGUGCUCAUGUAUGAGGGCAGUGUGGAAGAACAAGCCUAUUUGACCACCUUGCGCAGAGAAAAAGUGGCUUUCGAGAGACUCAUCAAUGAGAAGGCGACGAUGGUCGUGCCAAAAGAUGCUGAGGGACGAGAUGAAGACCAUCCUUUGUUGUCACGUGAUCCAAGAAAAGCUAGUGAAAUGGUGAAUUCAGAGAAGAGGACACAGCGAUCAGGAGGUCAAGAUCUGGAGUCCAAGAAGCAAGAGAAGGUCAUUGUGGACAUGAGGGAAUUCCGCAGUGAACUCCCUUCUCUCAUUCACCGCAGGGGGAUUGACAUCGAACCGGUUACAUUGGAGUCAUUGAACUCUGGUCGUCUGUACACCCAGGCCCAAGCGAUGACUCGCACUUAUGCACGGCCCAUGCUGCUCAUAGAAUUUGACCAUGACAAACCCUUCACCCUGCAACAUGGGAAGUACUAUCUGUCGACAGAUGCCUCCUCCCAAGAUGUGACUGCCAGACUCCAGCUGCUAACCUUGCACUUCCCAAAAUUAUCCAUUAUGUGGUCUCCAGGCCCAUAUGCAACAGCAGAGCUCUUCCACCACCUGAAGGCAUGAGAAGCAAUCAUUCUUCCUCUGCAGUAGUCCUCUUUGUUUAUCAUAGUUCAGUUAGACCUAUUGGAAUGGACCAAGUCAUCCUUUCAGGAAGGACGCGAAGAGCCGGACGUGAGCAAGGCAGUUGGUGUUACGACAGAAGAUGCUCAAGACUUUGUAGCAGAAAAAUACAACCCUGUGAUCCGUGAUUUUGUGAUCAAGUUACCUGGAGUAAAUUCCAAGAAUCAGAAUGCAUUGCUGAAUCAAGCUGAAGAUUUGGAGGGACUCAUGAAAUUGUCUCAGGAAGAGCUAUCGGCAUGCCUGCAGAACAGUACAAAUGCCAAGGCCUUGUAUGAAGCACUGCACGGAGAGCUGCGCCCUUCGGCCGACGGAGAGGAAGGGAGAGGUCGGGGCGGCACGGGACGCAGGGGCCGGCGCCGGCUCUGACGGCUCCUCCUCGCCUCGGGGACGGAGAGGACUGUGGCUUGCUGAUGUCAGUUUGGGACAUGGAGUAAUAAAAGCUUUCCUAUGUAGAAA